CGAGUACGGUAAGAAACGCACAUGCGCGUGUGUAGAUGAUGCGCGUGUGUAGAUGGUGCGCAUGCGCGUUGCGAGCUCGGGACGCAGUUAUAAGUUGUAGUGUGUUGUGCUAAUGAUCUGUUAGCCGACACUGACAGACUGACACACACUGACACACACUGACACACACUGACACACACUGACACACACUGACACACACUGACACACCGAAGCGGACACAUUAACUGGGUGCUGUGUGUGUGUGUGUGUGUGUGUGUGUGUGUGUGUGUGUGUAUGUGUGGAGCAGAGUGGAGUGGAGUGGUGUGGAACAGGUGGCGGGGGAAUGAGUGGGCGGCGGGGGGUCCGUGGGGGGCCAGAGCCCCCCAUGCUAAGGCGGCUGAUCGAGAUUCCUGCUCCAGUGCUGACUCGGCACCAACUGAAGCGUCUGGAGGAGCAUCGUUACAGUAGCGCUGGAAAAUCACUGCUCGAACCCAUAAUGCAAUGCUACUGGGAGUGGCUGGUGGGCUGCAUGCCCCCAUGGAUCGCACCCAACCUCAUCACCAUCAUCGGCCUCGCCACCAAUGCCUUCACCACGCUUGUGCUCAUCUAUUAUUGUCCCACUGCAACGGAACAGGCUCCACUGUGGGCAUACCUGCUAUGUGCUGUUGGUUUGUUUGUCUAUCAGUCUCUGGAUGCGAUUGAUGGGAAACAGGCCCGGCGCACUAACAGCUCUUCGCCACUAGGGGAGCUGUUUGAUCAUGGCUGUGACUCUCUGUCCACAGUGUUUGUGGUGUUGGGUACGAGUAUAGCAGUUCAGUUGGGGACAAAUCCAGACUGGAUGUUUUUCUGCUGUUUUGCGGGAAUGUUUAUGUUUUAUUGCGCUCACUGGCAGACAUAUGUUUCUGGAACACUGCGAUUUGGCAUAUUUGACAGUACAGAGCUGCAGCUGUCUUUGGCUCUGCUGCACAUUUUCACCUCCAUCAUCGGCCCGAAAUUCUGGGACACAAUGAUCCCAGUAUUAAACAUCCAGAUGAAGAUUAUCCCAGCGUUGUGUACAUUCGUUGGUGCUGUGAUUUGCUGCACUAAUUAUUUUAGAGUCAUUUUCACAGGAGGAGUCGGAAAAAACGGGUCCACCAUCGCAGGCACGAGUGUGUUAUCUCCAGUCCUGCACAUAGGCUCUGUUAUAUUGCUUGCUAUGAUGAUCUAUAAAAAAUCUGCCAUCCAGCUGUUUGAGAAACAUCCCUGUCUCUACAUUCUCGCUUUUGGCUUCGUCUCUGCCAAAAUCACCAACAAACUUGUGGUCGCACACAUGACAAAAAGCGAGAUGCAUCUGCAUGACGUGGCGUUUUUGGGUCCCGGACUUUUGUUUCUCGAUCAGUAUUUCAACAGUUUCGUAGACGAGUACGUGGUGCUGUGGAUCGCACUGGUGCUGUCCCUGUUUGAUCUGGUGCGUUACUGUGUGAGUGUGUGUAACCAGAUCUCCUCGCACCUUCAUAUCUUCAUCUUCAAAAUUAAACCAGUAACCGCUCAAUAAGACUCGCACACUGCUGCUGUGUGUGUGUGUGUGUGUGUGUGUGUGUGUGUGUGUGUGUUUAAACCCAUCAGCGUGCCCAAGGAUGAACCUGAUUUACAUGGUUUAUAAAAGACAUGAUUAUAUGUUUAUGGACACUUUAACUGACCAUGAAAAAAGUUGCUUUAUUUAAAUUACUCUGUACUAAAUGUAAAAACUAAUGCGGUGUGUGUGU